CCUCAGCCUUACAGACCUCCGUCGUUGUCUUGUGAAAGCCUCAAUACAGUUAAUAUGCCAGUUGCGUCGUAGGACUGGCCUCUACACGCUCAUUACCAGCCAUCAUGGCCUCCUCUUCCCUUCUUCGAAGUGCGUCCCAGCACAGACUCUGCCAAUGCGCCAGGACGGCUGCUCGGUCGACGAGACCGCAUGGCGCGACGGGUCGGCGAUAUAUUGGUAUGAAGUACCUUGCGAAGGUUGCCGAUGCGGAAAAGGCCUGGGCGGAAAAGGCAAAGGAGAUUCGAGCGGGGAAUCAAAAGUCUAUGCUGAGCAUAUUAGAAGAGCGAGGGCUGGUCCAUCAAACCACGGGAAACCGGGACACCAUCGACAACCUGAUGAUAGAUAAACGCGUUGGGGCAUACGUAGGAAUUGACCCGACUGCAUCCUCCCUCCAUGUCGGCCAUCUCCUCCCGCUCAUGUCCCUCUUCUGGAUGUACCUCCACGGAUACCACAGCGUGUCCCUUCUCGGCGGCGCCACGGCGAAGAUUGGGGACCCAACAGGUCGCCUCACAACUCGCACGAAAGAGCACAGCGCCGUCCGCACGGCAAACAUGGUCAAUAUGCACUACCAGCUGAAGAAGCUCUGGGUCAACGUGGAGGAGUACGGCCGCAAGUUCGGUUACAACUGGGAGUGGGCAUGGCAUCGGGAACUGGUCAACAACAACACCUGGACAAAUAAGCUCACGGUCAUUGAGCUUCUACAGAUCAUUGGCCCUGGCAUGCGGUUAGGCACCAUGCUUGCGAGAGACACUGUUAAGAACAAGCUCAGCAAGGGUGACGGCAUGUCCUAUGCCGAGUUCUCAUACCCAGUGCUUCAGGCCUGGGAUUGGUGGCACAUGUACAACACCAAAGACAUCCAAAUGCAAAUCGGCGGUGCGGAUCAGUACGGCAACAUCGUUGCAGGCCUCAACGCCGUAAAAUACAUCUCAUCAAACCACCCUGACCCCGAUGUGCGCCAAGGAAAAGAUGCCGACAUCGCUCAACCAUUUGGCUUCACUGUUCCCCUCCUGACCACGGCCGCGGGCGACAAAUUCGGCAAGUCUGCCGGAAACGCCGUCUGGCUCGACAAGGAGCUCACCAGCACCUUCGAGCUGUACGGCUUCUGGAUGCGCCAGUCUGACGCCGACAUGCCGCGCUACCUCCGCUACUUCACCUUCCUUCCCUCACCCGAGAUCGACGCGCUGGUUGAGGAGCACAAGCAGGCGCCACACGAACGCAAGGCGCAGCAUGUGCUCGCGCGGAACUUUGUCGAGCUUAUCCACGGGCCUGCAGAGGCCAAGGCUGCGGAGGCGAAUCACCGCCUGUUAUUCGGGAAGCCCUCGUUAUCAAGUCUGAUGGAGACACCCAAGGAUAACACCACAGCGGAAUCGGAGAAGAAGGGUCCCACCCCUAUAACCCUUAACAAUGCGCCCAGCAUCAACAUCACGCUCCCGCGCUCCGUGCUUACCAAGUCAAUCGGCAAGAUCGUGUACGCGGCGGGGUUGGCGGAGUCGGCGUCCGAGGGGCACAGACUUGUUUCUAACGGGAGCUUGUAUAUCAGCGGCCCGUCGAGUCAGAAGAAGCAAGCGAUGGAUGAGGCGGAGCUGAAGUUCACGCAGAUCAAGAACUGGCUCAUUGCGGAUACGAAGAAGUUCCUUGUUGGCGACGAGAUGCUCGUGUUGAGGAGGGGGAAGCAUAAUAUUCGCAUUGUUAAGAUUGUGGAGGAUAAUGAGUGGGCAGAGGGGGGGAAGAAAUACCCUGGAGAGGGGGGCCAGGGUGGACAGAAGGGGGAAGCUGGAGAGGAGACCGCAGAGCUGGGUGCGAAGGACGCUGGGAAGGAGCGCAAGAAGAAGAGCUUCUGGAGCGAGUUUGCGCCAGAGGUGGAUCCGAAUGAGAGGAAGAGCGUUCUGUACAAGCCUGCCCCUUCAGGGCAGAGGAAGACUAUAAUCCGGAGGAGCCCCACUAAGCCGUACGAUGAGAAGGAGGAGGGGAGCAGUUUACAAAACCUAAAUAUCGGCCGUCCAAACUCUCUGUUGACUCGUAUAUCGCCACCGAGAUCCAGUCGAAGAGAACCCAGCCAGCAAAAUAGGACAAGCCACAGGCAACAUCCACGCAGCUUUCAAGAAGACUCCUCUCCCGCCACCACGAAACGCACCAAAUAUGGCCACCUCUCUGACUUCCAAAACGCCCCCUAUCUCACGCAACUCCCUCCUCCCCCGCUACCCCUCGCCGCCUUCCACAGCCUCCACAGGCGCAAUCUCACAUCCCGCGGUCACCUCUUCGUAAUCCACCAACACGACCACCCCAUCGCAGGCCUCCACUACGACCUCCGUCUCCAGUUCUCCGCCACCAGCAGCCUCAGCUGGGCCAUCCCAUUUGGGGUGCCAGGAGACCCUAAUAGCAAGCGCCGGUUACGUCUCGCGACAGAGACGAGAGUGCAUACCGUGGGUAGUCAUCUAGUGGAGGGAGGGUCGAAAGGAGGUGGUUCAAUGAUAGUAUGGGAUGGAGGAGUUUAUGAGGUGUUGCCGCGGCGUAAGGUAGACGGGCCGGAGAGGGAUCCAGGGUCGGCAGAGGGGUCACAGUCAUCCGGUUUGGGGGUCGUCGAAAAUGGAGAAAUGGCAGGAGAAAAUCGGGAUACGGGGGAUGGGUUGUCUGAGAAUUCGAAACUCGUGGAAUCGUUUGGCCGGAGGAAGAUCAGGAUUAGAUUGCAUGGCGCGAGGUUGCCGGAGGGGUACACGCUGGAUAUGUUCGUUGCGCCUGGUUCGCAGCAUCUACGUGAGCCACGGGUGGCAGUGAGGAGAAAGAAGGAGAGGCGAGUUGUGAACGUAAUUGAGACAUCGUCGGAAGGGGAGGAGAACGAUCCAGCUAUACCUGUCGCAGAUGCGGUAGCUGCGGAGUGGGCACUGGAAUGGGAGAGGAAGGAGGUUGAGAAGAGGGAAGUGCGACGCGUGAAUGCGUAUCUGGGAGCAGAGAACACGAUUGGGUCACUGUAUCAGCGGAAAUGGUUUCUGUGCCUUGAUAGAGAGGGAUCGGGGUUCUGCAAAGCAGAUAGGGAUGGGGUUUGGGAGAGGAGGAAGGGCGAGGGGGGUGUGCUCGAAGGGUUCGAGCCAUUCUAUGUUAGGGGCGUGGAGGAAGAGAGGAGCGUGGUGACGGGAAUGAAAGCAGAGCAUGUGAUGAGAGAUGCUGGCAUCGUUGGGUUUGUGAGGAGGAAGGGGUGGAAGGCUAUUCUUGACUAA